GGGCCGGGGCCGGGCUGGCGAGGCCGGGCCGGGCCGCGGGGCGGCCGCCGGGAUGCGGGGCUGGCGAAGGAACCUCGCGCUCUGCCUGCAGCGGCUGCCGGACGAAGACGAUGGGCCUUACUCCAAAGGAAGCAAGGAUGCAGUAGGGGCCGACGUGGCCCUGACACACCGCAGACAGAGCAUUCCAGAGGAGUUCCGAGGCGUCACCGUGGUGGAGUUGAUCAAGAAAGAAGGCAGCACGCUGGGCCUGACCAUCUCGGGUGGUACCGACAAGGAUGGGAAGCCCAGGGUCUCUAACCUGAGACCUGGGGGUCUCGCAGCCAGGAGUGACCUGCUGAAUGUGGGUGAUUACAUUCGGUCAGUGAAUGGGAUCCACCUGACCAGGCUCCGCCAUGAUGAGAUCAUCACCUUGCUCAAGAAUGUGGGCGAGCGCGUGGUGCUGGAGGUGGAGUAUGAGCUGCCCCCGCCUGCCCCUGAGAACAAUCCAGGGAUCAUUUCAAAGACAGUGGACGUUUCACUCUACAAGGAGGGCAAUAGCUUUGGCUUUGUCCUCAGAGGAGGUGCCCAUGAAGAUGGGCACAAGACGCGCCCACUUGUCCUGACCUGUGUGCGGCCCGGUGGUCCUGCUGACAGGGAGGGCUCCUUGAAGGUGGGCGACAGGCUGCUCAGCAUUGAUGGCAUCCCACUGCAUGGGGCCAGCCACACCACUGCCCUGGCCACUCUGCAGCAGUGCAGCCAUGAGGCACUCUUCCAGGUGGAGUAUGACGUAGCCAUCUCAGAUACAGUGGCCAGUGCUUCGGGGCCCUUGAUAGUGGAAAUAACCAAGACACCAGGGUCCACCCUAGGGAUCUCACUCACCACUGGCUCCCACCAUAACAAAUCAGUCAUCACCAUUGACCGUAUCAAGCCAGCCAGUGUGGUGGACAGGAGUGGGGCCCUGCAUGCUGGAGACCACAUCCUGUCCAUCAACGGCACCAGCACGGAACACUGCUCACUGCUUGAGGCCACCAAGCUCCUGGCCAACGUGUCAGAGAAAGUGCAGCUGGAGAUACUGCCUGCGCCCCAAAGUCGGCGGCCCCUGAAGCCCUCAGAGGCAGCCACAGUGAAGGUGCAGAGGAGCGAGCAACCACACCGCUGGGACCCCUGCGUGCCCUCCUGCCACAGCCCCCGGCCUGGCCACUGCAGGACGCCCACCUGGGCCACACCUGCUGGCCAAGACCAGAGCCGAUCCUUGUCCUCGACUCCUUUUUCCUCACCGACCAUGAAUCACGCCUUUCCCUGCACUAACCCCAGCACUCUGCCCUGUGGAUCACAGCCCAUGAGCCCCCGAACUACAAUGGGGCGGAGGAGGCAGCGACAAAGGGAACACAAGAGCUCAUUGUCACUGGCCUCCAGCACAGUGGGGCCGGGAGGGCAAAUCGUGCACACAGAGACCACAGAGGUCGUGCUCUGCGGAGACCCCCUCAGCGGCUUUGGCCUGCAGCUCCAGGGAGGCAUCUUCGCCACCGAGACUCUGUCCUCUCCUCCCCUUGUGCGUUUCAUCGAGUCUGACAGCCCAGCGGAGAGGUGUGGGCUGCUGCAGGUGGGGGACCGGGUCCUGUCCAUCAACGGCAUUGCCACCGAGGACGGGACAAUGGAGGAAGCCAACCAGCUGCUGCGUGAUGCUGCACUGACCCACAAGGUCGUGCUGGAGGUUGAGUUCGAUGUGGCAGAGUCUGUCAUCCCGAGCAGUGGCACCUUCCACGUGAAGCUGCCCAAGAGGCGUGGUGUGGAGCUGGGCAUCACCAUCAGCUCAGCCAGCAGGAAGCGAGGGGAGCCCCUGAUCAUCUCUGACAUCAAGAAAGGCAGUGUGGCACACAGGACUGGCACCCUUGAGCCAGGUGAUAAGCUGCUGGCCAUCGACAAUAUCCGCCUGGACAGCUGCCCCAUGGAGGAUGCCGUGCAAAUUCUGCGGCAGUGCGAGGACCUGGUGAGACUGAAAAUACGGAAGGACGAGGACAACUCUGAUGAGCAGGAGACCACGGGUGCCAUCAGCUACACGGUGGAGUUGAAACGCUACGGGGGCCCCCUGGGCAUCACCAUCUCGGGCACAGAGGAGCCUUUUGACCCCAUUGUCAUCUCGGGGCUCACCAAGCGUGGUCUGGCUGAGAGGACUGGCGCGCUCCAUGUCGGGGACCGUAUCCUGGCCAUCAACAGUGUGAGCCUCAAGGGCCGACCACUGAGUGAGGCCAUCCGCCUCCUGCAGGUGGCUGGGGAGACGGUCACACUGAAGAUCAAGAAGCAGCUGGACCGCCCCCUCCCUCGCCGCAAGUCGGGCAGCCUCAGUGAGACCAGCGAUGCUGAUGAAGACCCACCAGAGGCCCUCAAAGGAGGCCUGCUGGCUGCCCGCUACUCACCCGCUGUGCCCAGUGUGGACAGUGCCGUGGAGUCCUGGGACAGCUCGGCCACAGAGAGUGGAUUUGGGGGCCCAGGUUCCUACACCCCACAGGCGGCCAUCCGGGGCGUGAUCCCCCAGGAGUGGCGGCCCAGCCGGCUGAGAAGCAGCCCCCCACCCACUGAUCCCCGAAGGACGAGCUAUACCCCAGCUCCUGCCGAUGAGAGCUUCCCCGAGGAGGAGGAAGAUGAGGACUGGGACCCACCAGCUAGGUCUGUGGUGGGAAUGCCGCUGAAGCAGCAGCCCCUGGGGCUCAGCCCCCUCCCUCGCCGCAAGUCGGGCAGCCUCAGUGAGACCAGCGAUGCUGAUGAAGACCCACCAGAGGCCCUCAAAGGAGGCCUGCUGGCUGCCCGCUACUCACCCGCUGUGCCCAGUGUGGACAGUGCCGUGGAGUCCUGGGACAGCUCGGCCACAGAGAGUGGAUUUGGGGGCCCAGGUUCCUACACCCCACAGGCGGCCAUCCGGGGCGUGAUCCCCCAGGAGUGGCGGCCCAGCCGGCUGAGAAGCAGCCCCCCACCCACUGAUCCCCGAAGGACGAGCUAUACCCCAGCUCCUGCCGAUGAGAGCUUCCCCGAGGAGGAGGAAGAUGAGGACUGGGACCCACCAGCUAGGUCUGUGGCCUCCAUCAUGACGGGCACGGUGCAGAGCGUGGCCCUCCAGGGCAGGCCAAGCCACCGGUCCUGGCGGAGGGGUCAGGAGGUACGAGUUUCCCCUGAAGACAUGCAGGAGCUGCUGCCGACACCCUUGGAGAUGCACAAGGUGACCCUGCACAAGGACCCCAUGCGGAAUGACUUUGGUUUCAGCGUGUCAGAUGGCCUCCUAGAGAAGGGCGUCUAUGUCCACACUGUGCGCCCUGAUGGGCCGGCCCAACGUGGGGGCCUCCUGCCCUUUGACAGGGUUCUUCAGGUCAACCGCGUUCGCACGAGGGACUUCAACUGCUGCCUGGCAGUGCCACUCCUGGCUGAGGCGGGUGACACCCUGGAUCUGGUCAUCAGCCGCAACCCGCUGGCACAGAGCAGCCGGGCCCCGCGGGCACCAGGCCCCAGCAGCCCCCGGAUGCUCUGAAGUCAUUAUAUGGUCUGGUACGCCUGGGUAGAUCCUGGCUUCCAGACCUGUAGCUGGGCUCAAGAAGUGACCACCUACUCACCCAUCUGUCCAUGCACCAGGCUCUGAGCCAUGGGUGGGAUUCUCUCUUCUCUGGUUCCCUGGUAACUGGGGUGCCCGGCAGUGAGGUCCCUGCCUCAGCUGGAGUGACACUAGGUCUUUCUCCACACUGGGUCUCCAAGAUGCACAGAGGUGCACUGCCCAAUGGGGGUCAAGACAGGCUGCUCAGCUCGGAGAAGAGGAGGUUUGGGGAUGGCCCCAGGUCCCUUUUGGGCCUCCUUGGAAGGAUGUAUAUUGCGGGGAAAGCACAGCUCAGGGUAGGGAGUGCUUUCUCCCAGCAAAGCUAUGGAGCUGGAAUGAGCUGCCAGGGAGGAGUGAGCUCCCUAUCACAGGAGGUGAGCAAGUGAGGCCAGAUACCCACCCAGCACAGUCAUAGACUGAGGGGUAAGGCAUUCUGGUGAUGCAUCCAUGUGGGCUCAGGUGGUUAGUUUCUUGACGGGGAACAUUAAGGGUGAGGCUGAGGAGCCACCUCACCAGACAGCCUCCUGCCACUGGAUGCCACUUGGGGAUGUAGCUCAGCCCCUUCCCUUCUCCAGGAUUCUGGGUGGGGCUUGCUAAGUGGGUAUCCUCCCUUAGGAGACUAUAAGCUGGGCACCUGGAAUCCCAGGCCAUGCCAGCUCUGAUUCUGCAAGUAAGUGGUUCUUCCAUUUCAGCAUCUGGUCUGAGGCCUCUGUGAUUUGAGGCUGGGCUCUCGGCCCACUGGGUCAGCUCAGUGUCAGGUUUUGGGCUCUCAGCCCCUCCUGGUGGACCCACUUGAGUACCCCCCUCUCAGGCUGGGCUCCCCUGUGGGAGAAGGAGUCAUUUCGGAACAAAAGACCCAGGAGUUUCCAUUCACUUGCCGUUUCAGUGAAGGUGGAAAACCACGGAAAUAAGAUGUGUAAGCUGAUACAGCUCCUCUCCAAUGUACAGAUCGGUGAAGGAGGAGAAAGAGGGGGAGAGAAGCACAGAGAUGGAGAGAGAGACAGGCAGGCUGGGAAGAUGGGCCAUCCUCUCCCAUGACAGUGUCCAAAGGGGUCAUGACAGCAAGUUUAUUCCCACUUGAAAUAUGGAAGCACCAGCAUCCCUUAAAAUCACUUUCCACAGAUCAGGAACCCUUUUGUCUUUGAGAAGGGCACAGGUGGAGGUGGGCAGACAGGAUUCAGCCAGGUGUAGGGAUUUGCUUUGCCCUGACCUGCUGUUAAUGGGGACUCAGGAAUGCAGGGGGCAAUGGGGUCCCAUAGAGGACCCCAAAAUACAUUUCUACUCAAGAGACAGGACAGGAAGUCAAGGAUCCUGUUCUUUUUACCCUGGGUCUCUGCUCGGUUGUUCUUGACCCCCUCUGGGUCUGACCCCCUUGGGACCGUCAGGGGUGGACAGUCUCUGAGCAGGUGUGUGUCUCCCUGUUGUGGCCAGAACCAUCUCUGCCCGCUGAGGCCCACCCUCUCCCUGAGGGCCUUUUUCCCUCCCCUCUUUUCUCCACUCCCAUGCCCUGCUCCUCCACAGCCUCCCCCAGAGAGCCCUUUGUGCCAUGGCUGGACAGCCCAGAGCCUCUGCUGUCAUGGACUCCUGUGUAAACAUGUGCUGCAGAGUGAACGGGCACUGCCUACCCAUCCCGGGAACCAAGCAGAAGCCAAGAGCCCUCAGCUCGGAGGUGGGGACAGCACAGCAGAGACAUGGUGCCAGCCUCAGCUGUGUGACCUUAGGCAAAUGGCCCAGCCUCUCUGGGCUUCUGUCAUGUGACAGGGCUGGACAGGACUUCCAGGGCCUCUCUGCUUGGGAAAGCUACAUUGGAAUGUGGGUGAGGAAAGAUGCAUUCCUGACCCUGACCAGCGCCCCCCCUCCUCUGGCUGAGGCCUCUGCCAUUCCCCCAGAUGUAUGCAACCAGGCCCAGCAGGGGACCCAAGUCAUGCGGGCCUUCUCAUAUGCAAUAUUUCUUCUGGCUUCUCAUGGGGAUUGUUCAUCCCAGACUUGACAUUUCCUAACAGCAGUCCCCAGUGAGCAUCCUGCCUGCCUAUGCAUUUUGGGUAUAGCCCCUGCGACGUGUCCCUUCUACCCCCUAAAAGCUGUAUUUUUCUGUGGCUGAGAUUAGAGCAUAUUCCUUGUAAAGUAUUUUUCUACAUGGGGUUUUCUUAGGACUCUUGGGAAGGACAGUAUGCCAAGGGGGCUGCACUGCAAAGGCCUGGGGUCUGUGGGGCCCACGUGUAAACCUGUUCCACCAGGAGCUGCAGUGACUUGGGAAUUGGGGGUGGGGUGCUGUUGAGAUGGGUUUUUUAAAAUAAAAUUAUUUAAAUGCA